AUGGGAGGGCGUGCGCUAGUGGGCUGGAGCGUUCGCGAGGGUGCACACGCGAGGAGUGAGCCCGGCAAAGAAUUUGUUGCACGCAAGAGAAAGGCUUGCGCAGAGGGGUCGUGUGGGGUGCUUAUGCUUGGGCGAGAGCGAGUCGGUGCCGCGAUAGCGACAGUCGUGUGUGGCAUGGAGAGAGGGGCUAGGGCCAUGGUCGGUGGAGACAUGAGUGGUGGUCUAGCGUCGACGAGUUAUGGCAAGGGCGAGUCUGCGUGUUUGGUGUGGUUGUUUUAUGAGAAAGCUUUAGAUGCAUUUGGCAAGAUGCAAAAUGAGGGUUAUAAGGUCGAUGAAGUCACGAUUGUUAGGGUUUUAUCUAGUUGUGCUCGGUCGAGUCUAUUGCAUGUUGGUAAAGAUGUCCAUAAGAUGAUAUAUGCAAAAGAGAUAAAGCUCAACAAGUUUGUUAUGAAUGCAUUAGUGGAUAUGUAUGCAAAAUGUGGGGAUUUAAGUGAUGAACGAUUGAUCUUUGAAUAG